GGGAGGGGUUGGUUUGUUGACAGGAAGCGAGCACGGCGGAAUCACUACCCCACCGUGUAUGUAUAGUUUAGCCCGACAAAACAGCGGGCUUCGCAUUUGGAGACGCCUCGAAGGUAAUGUGGACUUGAAUUAUGCGUUUUACGAUCGAUUUGACGAGGCAAAGAUGCAAUGGAGGUCGAUAGUAGUUGGUCUGGUGGUACUGAGACUCUCUGUCAGCUGGGUGCUGUGGUUAGCCUUCGGACUGGGACCGAACGUCAGCUGUGGGUUCAACUUCCCCAUCAGCUUCAGUUUGCACAAAUUAGACUUGUUGUUCAGGGAGGAGAAGGAAGCCGACCUGAGCGGUACUACGUGGUCUCAACGAAUACAAGGCCCCAAAUAUGAGACGGAGACCAGCACCUGUGCGAAGGUUGGACCGGAGUCACCUCAGAGGUCCUACCUGAGCCUCUUCGACGGGAACAAGGACGAGUACGUCCGGAGAUACAGCUCCUUCCCGGACACUCUGAGGGCGAAAAUGAAAGGCAUGGCUAAGGAAAUGUUCUACUUCGGCUAUGAGAAUUAUAUGAAAUAUGCCUUUCCAGAGGACGAGCUGAAUCCCAUUGACUGUGAGGGGAGAGGUCCAGACGUCCUGAACCCGUCAAACAUCAAUAUAAACGAUGUCUUGGGAAACUAUUCCCUUACUCUAAUUGACACCUUGGACACGCUGCUUGUGCUCGGAAAUGUGACCGAAUUCCAGAGAGCUGUCAAACUGGUUAUAGAGACGGUUUCCUUUGACAAGGAUUCAACAGUACAAGUUUUUGAGGCAAACAUCAGGAAAUGUCAUUAAUAUCCAAACAGGCCAGUGGGUUAGUAAGCAGAGUGGUCUUGGAGCUGGAAUGGACUCCUUCUAUGAGUAUUUGCUGAAAUCAUACAUCCUUUUUGGUGAAAUUGARGACUACCGCAUGUUUAAAACUGCUUACGAGAGCAUACAGAAUCACCUGAGAAGAGGGCGAGAGUCUUGCAACAAAGGAGAGGGCGACCCUCCUCUUUAUGUUAAUGUGAACAUGUUUAGUGGGGAGAUAAUGAACACUUGGAUUGACUCCCUUCAGGCCUUCUUUCCUGGGCUGCAGGUGCUGAAUGGGGAUAUAGAUGAUGCUAUUUGCCUGCAUGCCUUCUACUAUGCCAUCUGGAAGCGCUUCGGAGCUCUGCCGGAGAGAUAUAACUGGCAGCUUCAGGCUCCUGAUGUGCUUUUUUACCCUUUAAGACCAGAGCUGGUGGAGUCAACUUACCUGCUGUAUCAGGCGACCAAAAAUCCUUUCUAUUUGCACGUUGGGAUGGAUAUUCUUCAAAGCCUCGAGACAAAUGCUAAAGUGAGAUGCGGGUAUGCCACUCUGCAUCACGUUGUGGAAAAAUCCAAAGAGGAUCGCAUGGAGAGCUUCUUCCUCAGUGAAACUUGUAAAUACCUUUACCUGUUGUUUGAUGAGGACAACCCGMUUCACAAAUAUGACAAGUACAUGUUCACUACCGAGGGUCAUAUCGUGCCUAUAGACAAACGCUUCAGGGAGAAACAGUGGGAGGAUUUGUUUCCAUGUGAAGAKGGAGCUUUGGCUGAAACCGAGCCGAACAGCCAGCCACCUCCRAGCAACGUCAGCCACUGUAGCAGGAUUCCAGAGGAGCAACGGUACGCUUUGCCAUUAAAGAGCGUCUACAUGAGACAGAUCGAUCAUAUGGUGGGACUUUUUUGAGUAAGCGAGGACAAACUUCGGUUUAAACAAACCUUCAGCUCAACGAUGUCAGAGGAGACCUCUGCCGAUCAAAAUCUUUKCUCUGUUUGUUCGGCUGCUCAGGAAAUGGACACUAUCAUAAUCCUGAGAAAGAUUUUUUUUACUACUUUAAUAUAUUUAAUGAAAAGUUUGUGUGGGUGAGUGUGGAGUUUAUAAAGAUGGCAACUCUUUGGUUUAGGGAAAUGAGGAGUCGUUCAAUAUUUAAUUUAAAUUUGGGGACAAAUUGAGACUAAGUGAUUCUAAUGCUGUAUGUCUGAAAUCUUGUGUUUGGAAUUACAGUUGAGCUGUGAGUCUUAAAAAUAAUCAGUUUAUGGGAUCAGUGCCAUCUAGGCUCAAGUAUAAAAUGCAUAACUUCUAAAAACAUUCACCUCUGAAGGAAACACUUUCUAAACAACAAUCAGUGCCUCUUUGCCGUUUAAUAGUUUAACUAGAUCAUUGCUUUUAUAUAAAGGGCUGCAAACAAACAGUUGUGUACAAAGUAAAACUGCUCUGGAUGAGAGCGUUUUAUGUUGUGAAAUUUGCCGCUCUUUCUACAUUUAAGGAUAAUUUUUAAUAUAAACAAAACACUUGUAUUUUUUUACUCUAAUGUCCCCAUAUCAACAGUUUUAUAAGUAUUGCAACAACUUGUUUUUAUUACGUUUAGUAAUUAAAAGUUAAAAAUGUGUUUUUUUUCAUUCAGAGAGAAACUGAAAAACAAGAAAAACUGCAUGCUGCUGCAUAUUAGCUGUUAACCCAUUAUUCAGUAAUAAAACACAAAAUUCACCAAAACAAGUGACGAUCUCUCAAACCUUCAUAGUGACUAAAUGUCAUUUAAGAGGCAAGUAGAUGUGCCAUAACCACCAUCAGAGUGAAGUUCAGGCUGCCUCUUUAAGUGCCUUUACUGUACAGCUCACAACAUUACUGAAUAUGAUGUAGRCCACAUUUGAUGCUACAAAACAAUUUUAUUCCAUGUUUUGUGCUGUUCUACAAUAAUGACACGAGAGUUUGGACAUCACAAACUAAGCCAUAUUUUUUUAUUGCUACUUAUUUUUUUUUGUAGGUGUUACUUGUUUCAUUGACGUAGAGGAUGUUCAAGUUAUCAUUUGCUGUUUCUUUUAAAUGCACCUAAUAAUUGUCAUGUAGUGAGAACUCAGGGUUGAAUCAAAAUACAUAAAUCAAUGAAUGCUUUUCUAAGAAAUAAACUUUCUUGUAAUGUUUACUAUAGACAGAAUAGCCUUCAGGAUUUAUGUUGCCAAUGUUUGUUAUUCAAGAUCAAAGAAGCACAGCACUGAGUUGUAAAAAGAAUAUGCAUCAUUAGUUUAGACAUGGUGAAAAAAAAUGUUUUUUAGUGUCCAAUAAGAUAAACAUCUCAUUUGUAAUUUGAUUGUGUGGGCUACUUUUCAGGAUUCAUCACAAUUUAAACAACAGUUUUAUUUUUUUUUCUUUGAAAURUUGUUCAUUGUUGGAAGUCUUUUUAAAUUGUUUAAGGCCAUAUCAGUGAUUCAUGAGUGAGAUUAAUUGUGUUUUAUAAAGUGAAAUGUUAAAGAUUUUUGAAAAUCUACAGUCACUUUGUUGGUAGGAAAAAAAUAUUGGCCACUCAGUUAGUUGCCUAAAAAUGGCAUGUUAAUGUCUUAAGUAAGUUGUGACAAAAUAAGAGAGGAACUGAUAUAAUAAAACUGAUUAAACAAGUCAGAAUAUAAAGUUAACAUGGCACAAAACAUCAUUGUUCUGCUGUAUGUACAUGAGCUCAGUUUACCAUUGAACACAUUGUUUUUUAAUAAAUUUAUACAAAUUUUAAAA